AUGGCACAAGGCAAGCACAUGGAGUUGGUGGACGCAGCGAUGGCAGAUGUCGACGAGGAGGCGGUGAAGACGGCGGUGAACGUGGCACUCUGCUGCAUCCAGCACGAGAGGGACAUGAGGCCAAGCAUGCAAAAUGUGGUGGAUAUGCUUCAAGGCCGGGUCGCCGUUAAUCACCCGGCGGAGGCCCGUCGUCCAUCAUCUUCUGCUGUAAAUUUGUCGGAGCCACAUUUGAUUUCUCAGCACGGCGCCAUCGACAUGCAUGGUGGGUGA